CAUAUGAUGAAACGUUGCAACUGAAAUAUAAGCCCCCGCCAAAACUCCUCUUACUCUGUUUCUCUUCAAUGGCUUCUUCUUCUUCCUCUGAACCAAAAAAUGAGAUUCUCCGACUUGCAGGUGCAGAUUUUCUUCCUUUGAACCAAAAACUCCGGCCUCUAAUAAUGAAAGAUGAUCCUCCAAAGAAGAAAGAAACAGCCCCUCCAAGCAAAAGUUACGAAUUACAACGACUGAGAGCCAUACAAAUUCUUAACACUCCAGAUCAUGCUGCCCUUCAAGAACUUAUCACAAACUUAGAAACAUCACGGGUUAACAAAAGAAUAUACAUGUUCUGCAAAUCCAAUUACCCAAAUUCAUUGUCUUUGAAGCUAUCACAUCUCUUCCUUAACUCAUCCAAUAACCCUGCUAUCAAAUCCACUUGUGCCCAACUCCUUCACUUUCUUCUCGAUUCUCCCGAUUUCUGGGAUUCCACCUCACACGUCAUCAGGACCGAGCUCAAAAUUGCGAUUCUUGAAAUUCUUAAACAAGAUAACCCCAAAAUGUUUUGCAUGAAAAUGUGGAAGAUGGCAUCUCAGAUAUUCACCUGCAUUAUUGACGAAGAACAGGGGGAGUGGCAUGAUAUGCUCAGUUUCUUUUGCGAGUCUCUAAAUUCGGGUACAAUAUACAUUCAAGAUUCCGCACUUAUGUUCUUUUUGGAGCUGCCCACAUGUCUACACGAAGAAUUGAGUCAGUACGUUCAACAUCUCCGUUUAAACUUUUGGGAUAAGUUUAAUUCUUCCAAAGGAGAGAGAAAAGUUCAUGCCUUGGCUGCUUUAGUCAAUCUUGUUCUACAUAUGUCUAGUGAUUAUUACUCUCAGUUUCGUGAUCUAUUGAUGCCAAUGGUAAAAGCGGUCUCGGGUUUUCUCGAUAGUGAUGUUACAGAGGACAAUGCACGGACAAGUCUCAUGAAGUUAGCAGAGUUAUCUGGGGCGGAGCCAAGGUUUUUCGACUCCCAUUUGAAUGAAGUGUUUGAUGAAAUGGUUAAAAUAGGUUUUAAUGAUGAAUUGGAGGAACAAACAAGAUAUCUUAGUGUAGAAAUGAUGUAUGCUUUUGAUGAUAUUGCGAUAAAAAGGGUAAAAAGGAGCAUUCUAGGAAGACUGUUUCAUGUGUUGAUGCAGAUGAUUUCACUUGUCUCGGAUAAAACGUGUUAUUAUCUUCUUGGAGAAACUUUUAUGCAGAGGAUUUCACUGGUAAGGGGUGAAAAACUCCAUAUGCCUAUAAUACUCAAGAUAAUACCAGAGGAUAUGGCUUCAUCAGAUUGGCGGAAACGAUAUACAGCAGUUACAAUCAUUGGUGCCAUUUCAAAAGGAUGUGCAAAGGCCUUGAGCGAUAAUCUUGCUGAAGUGAUGAAGGUGCUCACGAAAUCACUGAAUGAUUCCUCUCCCGAUGUUAUUUUUGCUGCUAUUAAAACAGUAAAAGCUAUGAGUGUAGAGCUACCUCCACAUACGCUAGACCAACAAGCUAACUUACUUAUUACUUGGCUACUUUUGGCACUUUCAUAUGGCAACAAACCCGUCAAACAGGCUGCUGCUGCUUCGGCGAUACGUUCUCUUUGUGAGAAUUGCAGUUCAAGCAUCGUAGAACCUCGCUUGGAAUCAAUUGUGAGCAGAUUACUUGAACUCCUCCAGAGUGAACAUGAUGAGGUGCAAGCCGAGUCCUUAAACACUUUAACAUCCUUUGCAAUAUCAUCAAAGGAUUUCUUCCGUAAUUGCUAUGAUUUGAUCAUCACUUCCCUAAAAAAACAUCUAGCUGGUGCAACCAGUAAAUCGCUGAGAGACAAAUCUGUUGAGUGCAUUUGGACAGUUGGAAUGGCUGUUGCAAAGGAUAUAUUCACUAAAGAUGCUACAGAGGUCGUGGCCCUUCUCUUGUCUGUGCGAUGGUAUUUAGGGGAGGAUGAUCACAGUUUGAAAGUUAACCUUCUACGAGCAUGGGAGCAGCUCCUCAUAUGUCUCGGAUCCCAUUUUCAUCCAUACGUGAAAGAUCUUAUGCCUGAUCUGCUCCACUCUGCUAGACUUCGCUGGAAUAGUACCAGAGACCGUGUUAUUUUGACAGAGAAACUUAAGGCAUGUAAACUUUUGCUUUGCUUAACUAAACAGUUCAAAGGGGAGUUAUUUCCAUGGAUCAAUCAGGUUUCUGAGAUACUGUUAUCACUUGUGAAAUUUCAUGAUGGAGAUAUCAGAAAAAUAGCUUUUUCAGUCAUGCCGAAGCUAUUGCUCUCAGCAAAACUUUCUAUUGAUGGCCCUUCAAAUUCCCAUCUGCAUAAACUAGUGCUCCGAUUUGUAAAGUCUCUGCUGGAAGCUCUGGAUGAGGAAAUUGAUGGUAAAGUUUGCGCAAAGAUAGUGAAAUCACUAACCAAAUGCAUUGAGAUUGCUGGAGGAUUUCUUAGCAAAAAGAAAAUUCAGCAGACAGCUAAUGUGAUAGAGCGGGUUCUUAAAGCAACAUCAAGAAAACAUUUUUCACAAGAGGAAGAUGUGACUGAUCUCGAAAAAAAGAUCAUUGAAAAGGUUGUAUACUACAUUCACAUAUUGACGGAGAUAUACGAGGAAAGCUCCAAGACUUUGGUCGACAAAAUUUUGGAAUGUAUAAGAGCUAUGAUGAGAAAUGAUGCAACAGCAAAAGAGAAGGAAAUUGCACUUCUAACCUUCAAUGAAAUCUCUCUGAAAUGUAAAGAAGCUGCUAAUAGGUUCUAAGAGACACCGAUAAUCUGGCAACAGAGCAACGGAUGAAGGAAUUGAAGAAUCUUAUACUAUCAUGUUCCUUUCCUCAUUCUCCCUUGAGGUUUAACUGUACCUACAUCAGAAGCUGUUGUGACAUGUCACACGUUUAAUCUUGUACAUUCAGUAAAGGAAAAUGGAAUUAUCUACCAAUACCUAGCUACUAUUUGUAUAGUUUCAAAACAGCUAAAAUUACUUUCCUGUUGAGAACUUGUAAGGAUGUUUACAUUUCGAUGUGAAAUGUCUUGAUAGAUGUAAAUCUUGUGACUCUUGUGUUGAA